CUGUGAUAAAAACACUAACCACACACGAAGAAAAUUUGAAUUUUCAGAAUAUUUGUUUUAUCUUUGUCAUCAUGAUAAGACUCGCGUUUAAUCUCUUGAAUUUUUUCAUUAAUUAAGUAAUUCAACAUGUGUUUAUACGUGUGCGAAUAUCAUAGCUCCAUUUCCAUGGAUUCAUUUCGUGAGCUAUAUUGUUAUAUCGUUUAAAUUGAAUCUACUCUCAUUUCGGUGUUCUAAAAUGUUUUCUUUUCCUCUUUACUAAUUCUUUUGAGUUGAAAAUGAUCAAUUUACUUUGGGUUUCCGGUUCUUUUAUCACCGCAUUCAUAUGUGGAGCAGUUGUUCUGUUAGUAAUCGAAGUUACCAUCAUAUAUUUCUUGUUUUUUCGAAACACAACUAACCAUCCUCAUUUGACGAGUACUCCUUCAGUCGAUGGCUACACUUUCCCUCAGCAAUUGCUUGAACUAAUCUCUGAAAAGUUGGGAGAAAACACAUCUGAAGGCACUGUUCUUCUAAACUUGCUGUUGCAGUUUUGGUUUCGCGAAAAUCGAUAUGAUGUUAAUACCUUAACGUCGAUAGCUGAUAGAAUUAAUUCCGAGUUAACAGAACUUCUUACUAACACUUCUCUAGGAAGAAUUUUCAGCAGUUUGAAGAUUCACGAUGUGGAAUUGGGCAGCGAAUCUCCGACAAUUAGUUGUGUCUCGUUACAAAAAUUCGAUGUCCGGAAAGAAUUCAGCACUUUGAAUAAUUUUGUAUUUGAAUUUGAUAUUAGUUAUGUUGGAGGAUUUUACAUGGCUAUAGAUGCUGUGAUGAAAUUCAAUUCGAAUGCUGCAUUUGUCUCUGUAAAAGUCGUGAAAUGUGUUGGUAGAGUUCGAGUUGAGUUUACUCGUAUCCCAUAUACGUACUGGUGCAUGAGCUUUAUUAAUCCACCUGAAUUAGAGUUGACGGUAGAAUCUAAAUUGGAAGGACAUAGCGUCCCUCAAUUAAAUAGAAUUAUUGGAAUUCAGUUAAGAAGAAGAAUCAAUAGGAAGUUCGUCAUGCCUUAUUACAAGAUUCGUUCGAAGCCAUUUUUACCCACUCAUAACCUUGCGACUUUUAAAGAUAAUAUUAAUGAAAGUAUUCCGAACGGUAAAUUACAUAUUACAAUAUUGACAGUUUCAAGAAUAGCGAAGCAAGAGGGCACUAUUUCAUGUACAGUAAUAAUGGAUAAUAGUCCAUGGAUCGAAGAUGUGCAGUCGACUAAUAAUCAGAUGUACAUUCUUCAAAUUUUCCGAAGAUCUAAUAAAGAUGUAAACAAUGCUGAAAAUCGUAAAUUAUCAACUGGUUCUAUUUGGUUCGAUAAACACCAAGAUGGUUUGAGGCAACGUUUGAAAUCCAUGACUGUAUUGGACGAGUCCUCCAAUAUUGACGAUAUUUUUCGUAGAAAAUCAUUCGCCGAUAGUGGCAGUUCUUCGCAUAAAUUAAGUGCUGACAAUAUAAAUCAAGUUGAAAAUGAUGAACUUAAUAUACAGCAGACUAAAAGACUUCCUUAUUCAGAAUUGAUCACAUACAACGAACACUUCAAAUUCAAUAUUGGACCGUCUACGAGAUACGCAAAUAUACUUGUAUGGAAUCAUUCGGAAGAUGGACAGUUAUUUGAAAACGUUGUUGGAUACAUCAGUGUACCGCUUGUCAACUUGAUAUCACCUGGCAUUGGAAAAAAACGUAGGAUAUUUCAUCUCAAUCCACCGGGUCCAGCCAGAAAUCAUGCGUAUCAAUCACUGUCCACGCAUCCUGGUUUUAAUCAUAAUCUGUGCUACGGAGAUAUCACGAUUGGAGUUCGAUUUGGAUCUUCUUUCGCCUUAUCACCUACUUUAUCAUCAAAUGAAAGCACCCCUGUUUCAUUAUCGCCCACGAAAUCAGUAAAACAGCCUCCGAUACUGUUGGAAACCACCGCUAGUCUAUCAGAUAUUGAUUCAGAAUUAAUAUUAAGUGUACACGAAUUUGAAAAAAUCAUCAUCAACACCAAGCAGACGAAAUGCGAGUUUUGUCAAAAAAAGAUAUGGUUAAAAGAAGCUUCACAGUGUUCGAAAUGCCAUUUAAUCUGUCAUAAGAAAUGUGUAGCCAAAUGCGAAAAAACCUCCGAAUGUCGCAUUACUACAACAGAUCUAACAUCACUAGACGAUGACGGCAUCGAGAUAGCAUCACAAGCAAUAAACAUAAAUCCUGAAAUCAUUACCACCGCGCCAGAUUGUGGGAGCCCUAAUCCAAUUAUAAGUAAAAAUAAAAUAAGUACAUUUUUAGCCAACGUUAAAGGUAUUCGUAGAUCUGGAUCAGCUUCCAGUUUGACUCCUCCAAGCGGUACCGAUGUUUCUGCCAAUCAGGCUCAUAGUCUACCUCAAACUCCUAAUCAUUCCCCGAGUCCUAGUCGAAAAUCUUCUGUUUUCGCUGCUGAUGACCUAAAGUUAUUCGAAGACGAAGAAGAAGAUGAUGAAUUGGAAAAAGCUCUCGAUUAUUUGUUAAAUGUUCCGAAAAACGAACAGUUUCUAGAAUCUAUCAAGAACAGUGGUAAAAAGUUAUGCAUGGAUUUGUCGCCCAAAAGAAGGGAACUUCGAAUUAAUGAAAUGAUAACUAAAAUAAAAGCAGCUAUAGACGUCGAAAACGAAACUUAUAAAGAAUUACAAGAAAAGAAGAAAAACGCAGAAAAUGAUCACGAAGCUGCGAAAUUGGUACUGCUGGUAGCAAAAUCCGAAGAUCGUUUGCAAGCUUUAACCAACUUACUUUUACAUUGCUGUUCUGGUCUGCAAGACUCUCAAGAUACAGCGCGAACACCAAUUUAAUAUGAUCUUGAUUGAAUGAUUAUGCGAGCUGAUUUUUUUUCUUUUUUUGAUUCAGUGUGACGUAUUUCGAAUAGUUAUUGCUAAUUGAAGGAAUUCGCUUCGUAAACGUUUCUACCAAAGAUUUUCUAAAACUUCUAAAAGUAUUUGUACGUUUUAAGCUAAGAAGAUGAGAAAAAAGAUUGAAAGCUGUUAUAGUUUGUUUCAGAAGCAAUACUAAUGCUCAUUUUCAUUUUCACAUCAGUAUUCAUUCCAUUUUACCUUGUUUCCAUUUUCUCUUUGGUCUUUUUGAUUGAAAUUCAAUACGUAAUUUCUUGUAAUUAGCUUAACAAAUUUAUUUUUUCUCAAAGUUAUUCUAAAUAACUCUAAAUGUCUCAUCGAGUUAUAUUACCAAAAGCAAAAUACCAUUCACGUUGUUAGUUUUUGCUUGAUUCCUACGUCACUAUUAUUUUAUCUAGAAUUUUAAUGAUUUCAUUUUUCGGUACUUAAUUAUGUUAUAUGUACGUUUUUUUCCCAUUUUUUUUCAUUGUUUAUAUCAUUAAGUCAUUAAUUUGAAUGUUAAGUUUUAUUGUUUAUUAUUGGAACUAUGAAAUAUUUUAAAGAAUUUGACUGAUGAAAAGUACUGAACGGCUUAGUUGUAGAUUACCAUACAUAUCUAAAUAGUUUCAAAAAUAUUUCUGUUUUCUCAACUGCAUUUAUCAUUAUUUAAUGAUUUGAGUACGUUGUUUGAUUUUUUUUUUAUCAUUAAUAAAUUUUGUUUUACUAUUAGAGAAUAUUAGAUGUUAUUAAAUAUAAUAGAAAUUAGACAGUACGUAUUAGUCGUAACAGUUAGUAUAAAGCUACUGCCAUCGACUCUCUCAAUUGUGCCAAUAUCUAUACUUUGCACAUCACAUUAAUGUAUAUCGUUCCUAUGAAGUUUCUUCCAUUUUUUUUUUUGUUUUGUAAAAAUGUAUUGUUUUGUUUCCUCGAGAAAGCCUAAUGAACAUUUUGUAUGCUAAGUUUUCAACGUGUCAGCUACCAAGCUAAAAAUUGAUCUUAUGAUAUGAAAUUUUUUGACCGUAGCGAAAGUUACUAUAAUUUUGCUUAAGUGUUACUAAUAGAUUAAGAGGAAAGCAUUUCCAAUUUUCGGUCAAUAUUCAUUCCUAGACAAUGAACUGAAUUUCCGAAAUUAUUAUGUCGACCAAAUUUUCUUGUAUUGUUUACAGUAUUAUCCUUCUAAUUCUAUUGGCACUUGUAGUGAAAAGAGACAAAUCCAUAGAUAAGCUAAAAAAAAAUUCGAUAUUAUUUUUUCAAUCAUUACUAAGUUUGUAAUAAUUAUGUGAAAAAAAUAAGUAAAGUAUCUCUGUCAAUUAAUUAAUAAGAAAUUAGUUUUUUUCUCAAUCGAAAACGUACCUAUGUUAAUUACCUAUCUAUUUCAGGAUUACGUAUUUUGUGUAGGUUUUUUAUUCACUUUUUAUUGAAAUGUUUUUUAUUGUGAUAUAUUUAUAUAGUAUAGCUUACUGUGAUUUCAAUUUCACCCAUAUUCGUAGUGAUAAUUAAAAAUAGUCUUAUUUUGUUCAAGCGUUACGUAAUAGUUUGUAAUUACUUUGUUAGCAUCUGGUGUUUUGUUCAAUUUACAACCAAGUCCGGACCCUCUAGAAACGAAUAAACAAGUAAAUCUUUCGAUAGGCUGCGAUGUUUUUGGCCUAUGUUUUUGUCUUACAAACUUUCAUCGUCUUAUAUUUUUCUUUAUGUAACUGGAGAAGAUUUCAAAAUAAAAAUUCGAAUUAGUUCAACUUUAAUCAAUCGAUUGAAAAUGUGAAGUCGGUACACUGGUAAUACUUGAGUGUUAGAGGGUCCGGUCCAGGUUUACUACAUACCUAAAGCUGUAAUUUUCAGUAUACAUACCUCCAUGUAGAAUAAGAAUCGUGUUUGUAUCUCCACAAUAUACGGAAACGAUUCUUGUA